GAUUAAUGGUGGGAUCGUUACCUAUAUGUGAAAAAAAAAAAAAAAAAAAAUGGCUUAAAAUUUCAGUAUUAAUUUAAAAAAAAAUAUAUUAUUUUUACAUAUCACUUGUAAAAUGAAAAAAAUAAAAAUUUUUAUAAAAGUUAUUGCUAUGUGAUUUAUUAAGAAAAAAAAAAUAUAAUAAUAAAAGAAAAAUUAAGAUAAAUAAAAAAUAAAAAUAAGAGAUUGUCGGAAGUGGUCCUCGCAAACACCCACCUUAAUUGCGUAGGCGAUAAUACACCUCUCCUUUCCGGGUGAGUCCCAUAAGUACAAGUACAAGUAGUUCAUGUAUCUCAAAGUAAGCCUGGAUCAUCUGAAAUAAAUAAAAAAAACAUUUUUACAAUUCACCCACACACAAAAAUUUUAAAUAUUAUCAGAAAAAAAAAAAAAAUUACAAUUUCAAUGUCUGUAUAUUCAUUUACCAUUAUAUUAAAUUUAAUAAAUAAUAAAAAAUAAUAUAACGCAUGUAAAAUGAGGUGAUGCUUGAAUAUAUCAAAGCGUGAGCGUUACAAGAUUUGUUUUUGAAAAAAAAAAAAAAAUUUUUUUUUAUAGUUGAUCGUAUGAAUAAAAAGGUACAUAAUAUUGUUAAGUUACUGAGAGAAGAAAAUAUAUAUAAUAUUAAAUGAAGACAGAAAAAGAACAUGUACCAAAGCGCCAAACAGCUUCCUCCCACCAUCCAUGAACAUACGACAUUACAGAGUGACUACGAAGACGACGGUGGUAACAACAACAACGACACCGUCAACGGCAACCGCGACGUCGACGACGACCUGGGGGCUAAGUUAGUUUUCGCUGCCUCGCGAUCACUCAGUCACUUGACAGUCAGUCAUUCAUACGCGCGCACUCGUUAACAGUACAGAUAAAUUUUAAAUAUUAACUUUUAUAUAUAAAUAUAUUUUUUUUUUCAAUUAAAUAUAUAUUUUACAAUAAUAUCUAUAACAUAGAUUAAUUAUAUUUUUAAUUUAAUUUGUGAAUAGUGUAAUUAGAGAUUUUUUUUUUUUGUGUUUAACUUUAAUUUAUAAAACUAUUUUUGAAAUAGCAAAAUAGAAGAAUUGAUAAAUAGUUGCGCCUGCGCUAAGUUAAUAUACACAUACCUAUGUAAUUGUUUUAAAAAAAAAAAAAAUAGAAACUGCAUCGAGUGUGUGUUGCAGACCGGUGAAUGAUGACGAUAAUGAGACGAGCAACAGUACACGGGACUUGGUCAAUUUGUUCGUACAUUAAAAAUUAUUUAAAAAAAUAAUUUAAAAAAAAAAAAAAAACUAAAUAAAUUAUGUGACUUUUUGCUUUGUUUUUUUUUUAUGAAUUUUUUUUUUUUUUUUUAUUUUGUACAGUAAAUAUUUACAUGACAAUAUUUAAAUUAAAAAACAAAAAAAUUAAACUAAAAUAGAUGCGAUAAUUUAAAAAUAAAUUAUUUUCUUUGAAUUUUCAUCAAUUUUAUUAAUUGACAAUUAUUUUUUUUUUGUAUAUAUCUGUGUGUUAAAGUUGUUUUUCAAUGGAUUUUGUACUCUUAUCAUUGAAAAUAAUACAAAAAUAAAGUUUAAUAAAAUAAAAUAAUAAGAUUGUUUUGUCACCAGUGUGUGACAAAAGAUAAAGUGUAUUUUUUAAAUAAAAAAAAAACAAUAAUAAUAAUUGUUUAAAUAAACUUGUGAAAUAUAUAUAUUUUUUUUAAAUAUUAGAUUUUUUUUCAAGUUAAAUUAAUAAACAAUUGUAGUGUGUGUAAAAAAAUUGAAGAUGAUAAAAUUUUUUAAGGAGUUCAUCAAUAUGAAUGUUCAGACUGGUGUUAUUCUGGUAUUUCUACUUGGAUUGAUGCUUGAGGGUCCUAUUAGUACUGAGGGACGCAAGGCCGCACCACUUCUCGAGGACGACUGGGUUAAAAGACCCAAUCGUGAUGCCGAAUGCACUUUUGGAAAGCAGAGAAAAGAGCUUGGAUCUAAAUGGAAUGCCGACUUGGGACCACCAUUUGGCGUCAUGUACUGCAUUAAGUGCGAGUGCAUACCAAUACAAAAAAAAAGAAGAAUUGUAGCUAGAGUACAAUGUAGAAAUAUCAAAAAUGAAUGUCCAGUAGUUGAGUGUGAUGAUGCAGAAUUAUUACCUGGAAAAUGUUGCAAGAGUUGUCCUGGUCAAUACAGUACAGAGCUUGUACAGGAUGUGCCAAUUCAACUGACAAUAGAAGAAGAAGAACGAAGUCUUAAACAUUUUGGUACUAUUAUAAGUAGUAAAACAUCAAGACAAGUUGUAGACCGUGUGAACGAAGCAAUAAAUUUUGAAAUAUACAGUUAUGUAGCAACUGGUCGUUUUACAUUUAAUCGUAAAAAUCUUUACUAUUCAUUUUACUUGGGUAUUGGUACACCACGUCCAAAUAUAAUACAAUUUAUUGAUGAUACUGGAAGUAUAUUAGAAGAACAAAAAAUUGAAAAAACAAUUGGUUAUUAUCAAAAUUCAACAGAUAAAUUAUGUGGUGUAUGGAAAAGAGUACCACGUGAUUAUAGAAAAUUAUUACGUGAUGAAGAAAUGUAUAUAUCAUUAAUAUGGGAAAUUCAGGAUUCAACAAAAUCUGAAAUAAAAAAAUCAGCAUUAAUUGGUCAAUUAUUACGUUACAAAGCAUUAUCAACUGAACAAUUUUCAUCACUACUUGAGCCAACACUUGGUUCUGAUAGAUCUGUUAUAAUUGGUUCAACAGCAACAUCAAUAAUAUCAGUAUCAUCAGUAUCAGCACCAUCAAUUCAUGUAUCAAUUGUUGUUAAUGGUUUAUUUUUACCUGAUGAUAUAACUGAUGUACCAUUAAUUGUAUUAAUUGAACAUCAAGAAAAAAAUUAUAUUAUAUUACAAGAUGAAAUUAUUAUUAAAAAACCAUCUGAUGAUAUUAAUUUUGGUGAAGUUAGAAGUGCUAUUACUGCUAAUGAUUUACGUUUAUUAUCACGUGGUAAAUUAACAAUAACAAUAUCAUCUAAAAAAGAUCCACAAGCAUUAAGAUUAAGUGGAAUAAUUGGAAGUAGAGUUUCUUGUGAUAUUUAUCAAAGUUUAAUAUCAUCUGAAUCAAAAAGUCAUGCAAGUGGUAUAGCAUGGGCAUUUUUAGAUCGUUAUGGUGCAUUACAUUAUGGAGUUAAUUUAAAUGGUUUAGAAGAUGAAAAUCCAAUAGUUACAAUUGUCGAUGAUGGUGGAAAAAAAAAAACUGAACUUGAAGAUUUAACACCAACAUUAAUUGGUGGUUCAAAUGGUAAUGGUACAUUAGAUAGACCAAGUCCAAGAUUAUUAGAAUCAUUAUUUAAAGGUGAAUUAUCAAUUGUUGCUGCAUCACAAAUUGGAAGUUUAUUAAGAGGUCGUUUAAUACAAAAAUCAAUUGCUGAUGCUAAAGAUAAUUUAACACCAACAUUAAUUAAAUCACCAAUUUCUGGUACAAUGUUUGGUAUUGUAUGGUUAAAUAUUGAUCCAAUUGAAUGUACACUUUAUUAUGAACUUGAAAUAACUGGUUUACCCGAAGAAUAUAAUAAACAAACUGAUGAUGAAGAAUAUGAAAAUCAAACAAGUCUUAAAUUAUAUUUAGAAACAAUGCCAGUACUUGCUGAAGGUGCACCAGUAUCUAAAAGAUUAUUAGAUGAAUUUAAUGGUAAUAUAUUAGAAGGUUCAAUUAAUGGUUUAUCACAAAUUGAAAUAUAUAGAAUUGAUUCUGGUAUUGGAUUUUUAGAAUUAAUUGGUAUUAAUAAUAAUAUAACAAGUAAACUUAUGAAAACACAAUUUAAAACACGUGCACCAAUUAAUUGUCUUCCACAUUUUACUGAUAAUGAUGUUGGUAGUAAUAUGAUAUAUAAUUUACAUCCACCAAAUACAGAAAUUGAAACAAGCUCAUGUUUUCAUGAAACUAAAUUUUAUGAUGAUGGUACACAAUGGACAGCUAAAUCAAAUUCUUGUUUAAUGUGUCAUUGUCGAUUGGGAAUUACAAAUUGUGAUCCAGUACCAUGUCCACCAUUAAAUUGUCCAAUUGAUAGAAUAAUUAAUCCACCAGUUGGUCAUUGUUGUUCAAUUUGCAUUGGAUCACCAAGUAUUAAUUCAACAACACCAACACCAACAUCAUCAACAACAACAACAACAACAACAGUUACGUCAAUUUUAAAUCCUGCAACACCAACUUCUCAUGAAAAAAUUAUUGAAGAAUCAAAUAAUGUAUUACCACUGAGAGGCUGCACAUUGGCUGGACAAUUUCAUCCUUCUGGAUCCUCUUGGCAUCCUUAUUUACCACCAUCUGGUUUUGAUACAUGUGCAAUAUGUACAUGUGAUCCAGUUAGCUUAGAAGUUCGUUGUCCUCGAGUACCAUGUCCUCCUUUAAGUUGUAAUGAAAAAUUAGCAACAAGACCAGAUAAAAAAGCUUGCUGUAAAGUUUGUCCAAUUAUUUCACAAACAACAAAUAAUUUGACACAUGAUAUUAAUAUACCACAUGAUCAACCAGCAACAAAAUUAUCAGCUAAACGUAUUGCUGAUGAUAUUAUUGCUGCUGGUGGAUGUAAAUAUCCAGUUGGUGGUCCAUAUGAAAAUGGCAGAGAAUGGCAUCCAAAAAUUCAUUCACAUGGUGAAGUUAAAUGUGUUAAAUGUCGAUGCAAGGAUGGAGAAGUUAAAUGUGACAGGAAACGUUGUCCUCGUUCACUAUGUAAUACCAUAGUUAAUCAAUUAAAGCGUGGUGAACGUAUACCGGAUGCAGAUGAAUGUUGUACGACUCAAUGUAAACGUGCAAGAAGGCACAAUCGUAAUCAUUAUAAUAAUAAUAAUCAACAUCAUCAACAACUACGUCAUUCAUCUUCAAAAAAUCAAAAACACUCAUUAACACCUAAAAAUCUCAGUUGAAUAUUUACAUUAAAAAAAAACAAUAAUUAUUAUUUAUAAAUAAAUAAUAUUCCAAUGUUUAAAAAAAUAUAUUUUGGAAUAAAAAAAAAAUGAUAUUUCAACUGAAUGAUUAUAAAAAAAUUUUUAUAAAUUAUACUUAAAAUUGAUGAUAUUGCAUAUAACAAUUUGUCAAUUUAUAUAAAUUAUAUUUUAUAUGAAUAUUUGUUGUCUUGUAAUUUUAAAUAAUCAUCAAUUUGUAUGACUAUUAUAAAUAACAACCAUAAUAUACAUAAAAUAAACGGAAGUAAUUUUUUCAUAUAAAUAUAUGAAUACACAAACUGGUUAAUCAAAGGGCUAGGGUAAAUAUUAUUAUAAAAAAAAAAAAAAAUUGAAAAAUACGACAGACAGCGGAAAUAAUAUUUAACAAAUAAUCAUUGUUAUUAUUAUUUUUUUUUUAUUAUUAAUAUUAUUAUUAUUAUUAUUUAUUUAAUCUCAACGAGUUACCCAGCAUCCAAAGAACUGAACGGUUUACUCGUGUCAACGAAACGAUUGCUUAUCU